AGAAAAAUGAUUACGUGAAUCAUAGCUAUAUUAAAUCUAUGUCUAAACUUUAACCCGAAAAAUGCAUUAGAUUAGUGAGACCAUGAGAGAAAAAUAUGACGAAAUAUCUUAAUUUUCUAAUAAGUAUGGUUAUAUACGACAUAAAUAUUUUUUGGAUACGAACUCAUAUCAAUAGUUGGAACACGGGUUGGGUUGGGUUCUACGGGUUGUGUAAUCCAAAACCCAAACCCAACCCAAAAGAGACGGGUUGUAGAAAAGAAAACCCUCACCCAACCAAAAACCUUAGUUUUAGCGAUAAAUACGAGUGGGUUGAGUCGGGUUGGACGGGUGGGUCGGUUUGCGGGUGUGUAAACCCUAGUUGAAAACGUAUGAUACGUUAGUGCUAUUGAUAAUUCAGUCUGCUUUUGACCCAAAUAAAAUCCCAAGUCCCCCACCAUAGUAUUUGUAAUGAAUCACUUGCGCACUUCCCUUGGCCCUUGCAGACAAAUUUGCUUACAUAUUCAAAUCUCUCUUGUCGUGUCUUUCGUCUCUUUCAACCCAAUGCGCUCAGUCGAUUGCAAACCACCCGAUAAUUCCAACCUAACUUAUAAUCGAAAAGGCAGGGUGAUCUCUAUGUAAAACCUACACCACUGCUCUGUUAUCUCCGCCAACCCAAUUCUCAUCACUCAGCGCCGAUGGGGACGGAGGGUUAUGCGACGGAGAACAAUGAGCUCGAUAAAUGGGGUUUCAAGCCUAACAGAGAUCUCACCGCUGCUUCUGAAAUCACAGUACGUGGUGUUCUCACCACUCUAUUGGGGAAGGUCGAUAAGGAUGACAAAAGAUCUAUAGUACCCCUCGGCCAUGGCGACCCUUCUGCUUUCCCCUGCUUCAGAACCACCUUAGCUGCCGAAGAUGCGGUGGUUGAUUCCUUUAGAUCGGCCAAGUUCAAUUGCUAUGCCCCUACUGUUGGUAUUGUUCCAGCGAGGAGGGCUGUCGCAGAAUACCUGAACCGUGAUCUCCCAUACAAGUUAUCUGAAGAUGAUGUCUUUCUCACACUUGGAUGCCUUCAAGCAAUUGAAGUUGCAUUAACAGUCCUCGCCCGACCUGGUGCAAACAUUUUGUUCCCAAGGCCAGGUUUCCCUUACUACGAAUCACGUGCUGCAGUGUGUGGCCUUGAAGUUCGUCACUUCGAUCUAGUUCCCGAAAGAGGGUGGGAGGUGGAUCUCGAAGCUGUUGAAUCUCUGGCAGACAAGAAUACUGUUGCAAUGGUUGUUGUAAACCCUGGAAACCCAUGUGGAUGUGUCUACAGCUACGAACAUCUAAAGAUAGUUGCAGAGACAGCUAAAAAGCUUGGAAUACUGGUGAUUGCUGAUGAAGUAUAUGCACAUCUCACGUUUGGUAGCAAGCAGUUUGUGCCAAUGGGUGUGUUUGGAUCAAUUGUGCCUGUCUUGACACUUGGGUCAAUCUCCAAGAGAUGGAUUGUUCCUGGCUGGCGACUUGGUUGGCUUGUGACUACUGAUCCGAACGGAAUCCUCCUCAAAACUGGGAUGGUUGACACGAUCAAGGGCUAUCUGGAUAUCUCCUCAGAUCCUCCAACUGUCAUUCAGGGUGGAGUUCAACAACUAAUCGAAAAUACGAAGGAGGACUUCUUCUUGAAAAUUAGAAGCUUGUUGAAAAAGGCAGCGGACACAGGUUAUGACAGGCUUCAAGACAUUCCUUGUGUUACCUGCCCAAUGAAACCAGAGGGUUCCAUGUUCGUUAUGGUAAAGCUGAACUUGUCGAAACUGGACGACAUUGAAGAUGACGUCGACUUCUGCGUCAAGCUGGCUAGAGAGGAAUCAGUGAUAGUGCUGCCAGGAAUAGCUGUAGGUCUGAAGAACUGGCUUCGUGUUACUUUUGCAAUUGAACCUUCUGCCCUUGAGGAUGGCCUUGAUAGGAUGAAAGCCUUCUGUAAAAGACAUGGCAAGAAGCAAUAAUUUACCGAGUAAAAUUGGAUCAACAGCUGGAAGUUGAUCCUCAUCCAUUCCAAUCAUGAGCGCUCUGUGGGGAAGUUUUUAAUUUUCAUGUGUAGCAAGCAAUAAGUUUGGAUCCCAAACAAUCGUCAACUGUUGUCGACUGGAUCAACAUUCAAUGUUGAUCCUUAUGGUAUGGACAUGAGUUGUGUGAUUUGAUUUCUUCUUUCUGUUCUCUUAGUUGAGAACUGGAAGUAGUUGAAGAACAUUCUACCCGUUUGUAAUAAAGAAGAACAGAGAUGAUCAACUUCGCGUUGGCUCUCGAUUGAAAACUCUGCUCUUGAAAGUUCCACAGAUUGCACGUUCUUCACUUAUCCAUGAGAAUUAUUCCUGCAGUUUGACGGGUUCGGAGCUGCCUUUGUUCCCACGCCAUGACACUCUUUAGAUUUGAGAUUGCUGAGUAAAACAGGUUAAGCUCAAUUGCUACUCUACUACCAGGAAUGAAAGAAGAGAAGAACGGAACGGCACUCUUUAGAUUUGAGAUUGCUGAGAAAAACAGGUUAUACUCAAUUGCUACUCUACUGCCAGAAAUGAUAGAAAAGAAGACAUGUUCUCAUGUCACUAAAAGAUAACUCAAUUGUUUGAACUCUACGAAUAUUCGAACCUGAAAGUGAUAUGUAGCAUGUGGAAGUAAGCUAAUUGAGCAACCCACCCGACCCAUGAGUCCAAUCACUUCAACCCGAUUACUCAUAAUUCGAUUGAGCCAUAGUUUGACUUACAUGUAACUCGAUUGACCUAAGUAACUAGAUUGCCCAAAUGAUCUAUUAUAUAUAGUACAAACUACAUGAACAUUAAAAUAUCAUUAACUUAAAACCAUUUAGAAAAGUUGGUCGUCUAUAGAAGAAUUACCCAAAAGGGUAUGCCGACUUUCAACUUUCAAGUCAUCGUGAUUUGGAGAAAACAAUUAAUCGCUACCACAAAACGGUCAACAGGAUGACACACUUACAACGGGACUCAACCAUGACAAAUGAAAUGAUCAACCACUUAUAUGUUGUGGUCGACCUGAUGACGAAAAUGUUAAUGUUUAGAUCAUGGUAAAGGAAACCGUACCGGACAUCAUAUCGGAUUCCUUUCUGGUAUGGUAUUUUGUGGUACGACCGUGGUUCAACCGUUUUGUACCGGUAAAUACCGUUUAUGUAAUAAUAAAAUAUAUUUUUGUCAAAAAACCGUGUCGGCAAAAUCAGAGUACCGUUCCGGAGUAAAACCGGAAUAAUAUCGAAUAUACCGAAUAUAAAAUAAUAAAGUAUCAAAAAGAGGAACAUACUGUAACAAUCAACAAAGUGUAACAUACUGAAUAAACUACAUUAUCGUUC